AUGACACUUUUGACAGUUAUCGACAGCGAUGACUUACCUCCAGCGAUUUUAACGCCCUGGACACUCCUCCCUACGCCAACCAAACUGCCUCUAGGCUGGUAUGAGGAAGGACUGCAACGUAUACAAGAAUUAUUCUCGGGCGACAUCCCAAGCUGGUGGUUCGCGGGACAGGUUGAGACUAGCCACUUUGCGGACUGGAACUCGCUACCGUGGUGGAACUGCACUUUUGACCAAGAACACCCAAUACUGCGCUUACUCUCAGAUGAGUUUCUUCUGGGAGAUACCUGUGACACUGUCCUGCCGAUGCCAAUAUCGCGCUCGACGCGUUCUACGCAUGGAAUACCCCGAGUUAACGCCAACAUCAACCUCUGCCAUAACAACGCCUCCAACAAGUACCGAAAAUUGCCCCAUAACCCCUACGACACCGCCGGGCCAACGCAGAAAGGUUUCCUUGCCCAGUGCAAGUACGUCUUCAGUUCUCCCAGUUUCAAUCAUGACAAGCAGCGGCUUCAAGGAUCUAGAUGUGCAGGUAUAUAUUGCGCAGAUAUGGCGACAAACUAUGGUGUUGCCUUGGAAACAAUGUAUGAGUUGAAUCCCGUGUCGAAUGGUGACUGUAGCGGGUUCUGGCCUGAAUAUACCUAUUGUAUCGAGGCCAGUUGA